AUGGCCACAAAAGGCCCCUCCAAAAAGGCAUCUAAAACAGCAUCUAAAAUGGCACUUUUGAAGGCCCAAGAGGACCUACGUGCAGAGAUGGUGUCAACCGUAGGACACACUGCAAGUGGUCGCCAACUUUUAAAAGCUUGUGGAGGAGAAGAACACCAAAUGGCCUUAGAAACGAAGAUGAAGAAGCGCGACUUAAAGGCACUGCGCACUACAUACCAGACACACCCCGAGAUAUUCGAUAGGAUGAAGACAGCAUGUGACGGUGAGGGCAGCAGCGACAGCAGUGAGAGCGACAAUUUGACCAAGUUUGUUGAUAGCAUGGAUGAUGCUGAGAACGAGUCUGAUUGUGGCACAGACAACACUGCCAAUGAUCAUGAUGAAGUGGCUGAAGCUUCUUCACCACCGGUUGUCGGCACCAAGCACCAAUGGGAAGACUCAGAGGUCCUCAAUACUGACACAAAGUUCAAGAAAGGUCCCAAUAGAACAUGCCAAUGGUUAAAGGCCAGCAAUUUUGAUGAUGUCACCAAAGAUCUGCUCACCACUGCCACAUCCAUCUACUGUUGUCUAGUCAUGACUCGCGCUCCUUUUCCAGAGACACUGAUCAUUGAGACCAAGCUAGCAAAGGAUGCCUGGCAUGAGGCAUCUAACAUGGCAGAGCUUACCAUCCAACUUACCCCUUCUCUUGUCAAAAUGAUGAUGAAGCGCACAUCACAUUCUCAGUUCUUUGGCUUCCACACAAGCAGAUCUACACUCACCAUUAUGCAAAACCGUGACCUGGCUGAGUCUCUCAAGGAAGGAUCACGUUUUGUUUUUAAGGACUGGGAAACGAAACGCGGCAUCUACAAGACCAACUUAAUCCAGUCAGUGAUCAACCAUAUGUGGUUUGCAAACCGAAGCAAUGAGGGUAUAGUAUAUGCUAAAUAUUUUGAUCCUUUACCUGUUCAAACCAUGGCACUUGUACUCACAGCAAUUGAAUGCUGCAUUGACAAGUGGAUGACUGGAGUUAAGGAGGACAUCAAAUUUUCAUUGGUUGCUUACUUCCCGGUCUACCUUCUCCAUCUCAACUCCCUGCAGCGGUUUGAGGAGUGGACUGCUGCUUACAAACUGUUUGGUAAAAUUGGUGUCAAUCUUCUUGACAUUGCUUGGAUGCACACUGGUGUGGAUCUGUUUAUGACAGCAGUGACUAUCGAUAGCUUCACAGAUGAUGUCUUUGAUGACGCGAUUUGA